CAUUUCUACCCUGCAUUUGAGGCUUGAGUAGCAUUCAUCAGUGUUGUACUAUAGUUAGUUCCUGAAGCCUUUAGCUUCAUGGAGGGGGUUUCCUGUCCAUUGAUCCAGUAGGCUGCCUUCCUCGACUAGUAGUCAUGUCGGCCUGCAGCACCUUCACUGAGCACGUUUGGAAACCUGGCGAGUGCAAGAACUGCUUUAAACCUAAAAGUCUGCACUGUCUGUCUCUGAGUGGUGGGGGGAGGCCUCCCACUGAGCACAGGCCUCCAACAACUCAGCAACCAAAUCAACUCCCUUCUGGGGCUAGAGCCCACCCUAACGUUACCAACAACUCCCAGAAGAUUGUUAGUGGGUCUGCCCGCUCAGGACACUUCCGUCCACCGGUGGCUAAGAAGCCUACCAUUGCUGUUAAGCCUACUAUGAUGCUGCCCUGCUCCUCUGCAGGGCUGGAUUCAGAUGGCAACCUGCAACGACCACCAAAUGUAGUAGAACAGGGCAAAACAUCAGCCUUCACAGUCUGGAGUCGAAAUGGACUGAACCGUAAGAGGCCCGGUGGGCCCAGUAACAACAACGAAGAAGAAGAUGCUAGUGAGGAAAUUGAGGGCUAUGGACAACUUUGUCCAAGGACCCCUAGUGGAAAUAACAACAACAGUGGACUAACAGAUGUCUUAAAGGAGAUUGCUGGGUUAAGUCCUGUCCCUUGCCCCACACCCCUUUCCGGCUCCAAGGACUUAUUUUGGGGGCGAAUCAGUAGUUCAUACCAACGGUCCAUGGAAAGAGGCCUUCCAGCCUCAAGUUGUCUUGCUAUUGGAAGCAGCAGUAGUGGUGGUGGCAGCACUGCUCAUAAACGGGUAUCUCUUAGUGACAGCACUGAGAUCAUUAGUACAGAGGGCGGUCGCUUUUGCUAUCCAGAGUUUUCCAGUGAAGGUGAAGAUGAUGAGGAAGAGGAAGAGGAGGAAGACACUGAAAGGGAUGAUGAUGAACAUGAGAGCUGGGAUGAAAGUGAUGAAGAGUUACUUGCCAUGGAGAUUCGGAUGAGAGGCCAACCACGAUUUGCAAAUUUCCGUGCUGCCACAUUGUCUCCAGUCCCCUUUGCUGCAGGAAAAAAGUGGAAUACAGUACCACUUCGCAACCGCUCACUACAGAGGAUUUGUGCAGUGGACUAUGAUGAUAGCUAUGAUGAGAUCUUAAAUGGCUAUCCCUCCUUGGACUCCAGCGGAGCCCCUCUCCCCUAUGGACCUUGUGACAUGCAAGGCAGUGGUUUUCUAUCAAAAUCAGAGUCUACCGCUUCCCCAGAAUCAUCGUCAUCACUCCCAGAGGAUUCUCAAACAACUUCCAGCAGCGGGAGCAGUGCUCUGUGCGUUCUACGAAAUGGCCUGCAUUCUCCCACAUCUUCUAAGGCACCUGUCUCCUGCGCUUCUCCAAAAAAGGAGCCUCUUCACCAAGCACUGAGUCCACUCAAGCUGAAUGAAACACACAAGGCUGUCCUGGCCAUUAGAUUAGAAGAUCAGGAUGGUAGAGAAGGCAUGCCAAUGCCCCAGGCCCUUCCAGGUCAGCCUGUCACUAUCAGUUUUAGUCCCACUGAGGAGCAAGCUAAACCAUACCGUGUAGUGAAUUUGGAGAAAUCGCUGAUCUGUAAGCCUUACACUGUAGUGGAUGUGUCAGCAUCUAUGGCCAACAAAGAUGAACACAUUCAAGACUCUACUCCAAAACCCAAAAACCCGUCAAUGCCUUCUAGCCCCACAUCAUUCUGUAGCACUCCUUUAGGUCAGCCCUUGAUUUCAGCCUCCCCUAUUUCUCCAUCUUCUCCUGUGAUGCCAACACCACCCACAUUUACUGCUCUGCCAGGUACAUCACGAAAGAAAUCAGGGAGCAUACGCUACCAAGAAGUGUGGACAUCAAGCACAAGUCCUCGCCAAAAGAUACCUAAAGUGGAUCUAGGGGUUGGGAGUUAUCCUGGCCCUUCCAUCCCAACUCAACACCUCAAUUACAAGUCAGCUCCUACUUCUCCCACUGCUGGUCUUUCUUCUUCCCAAACUGUACCUGUGAAAUCCCCAAACUUAUCAGAGAUCAAGUUUAAUAGUUUUAAUAAUGCAGGCAUGCCUCCUUUUCCCAUUAUUAUUCGAGAUGAACCAGCCUAUGCCCGCAGCUCCAAGAAUGCAGUCAAGGUACCUAUUGUUAUCAAUCCAAGUGCAUACGAUAACCUAGCUGUGUACAAGAGUUUCUUGGGACUCAGUGGGGAGUUGCCACAGCCGAAAGGGGUAGGUAAUAGGGCAGUCAGCCAUACUUAUGAAGAGAUUGGCUCCUCUGAGAGUGUCCAGUCCUCAUCAACAGAGAAAACUAUGUCUGGUAGAGGCACAGCAGAGAGAUCCUCUUCUGAGGAGACUAGAGUUCUACCUGAAACCAUGUCCAAAGCACCAAAUUUACAAUCCAGAGCAACUAUAGACUCUAAUACUGUGACAAGUGCUGUGAUGAGCUCCACAGUUGGGACCCUCUCUCCUACUACAUCAACAAAUUCCCCUGCCAUUGCAAACCUACCUAAAAGCAGCCCUACUACCAAUGCUGUUACACGCACUUGCAAGACAACUGGAGACGCUACUUGUGGUAAAGAUAAUGAUACAGACUUAGCUUUGUCUUCUGGGACAGUGGUAAGCUAUAGGGAGGAAGCCAGUGCUGUGCUUUCACAAAUUGUGGCCUCCAUCCAACCUCCCCAGUCUCCUCCAGAGUCACCCUCAGCACAAACCAAGACCUUCAGUUCUGAUGAACUGUAUGCCCUCCCACCUGAUGCCAUGAAGGAGACUCUCAUCCGACCUAAGCCUCUUUUUUCCUCAGCUGAUGGCUGUCUUUCCAAGCCCAAGAAGGACACGCCUUUGAAAGUUUUGUCUAAAUCUCAGAGUGCCUCAGCUGCUGCCCCACUCUCCAGCCCCCGAUCAGAGCCCAAUGCCCCCUUUCCUCCUCCUAGAUCUACCUCUUCACCAUACCAUGCUUCUAACAUCCUGCAGAAACAUUUUAGCAACUGGACUAAAAGCUCUGUCACUAGUUCCCCUGUGCGACCCAGUGAGGGUGAAGGAAGUCUGGGUGGAGAGGCAAGGCGUAUUUCAACAGAAAACUCCAAACCCAAACGCUGGAUCUCCUUUAAGAGCUUUUUUCGUCGGCGGAAAGAUGAGGAUGAUCAGAGAGAGAAGGUGGAGAGGGAGAAAGAGAAGGGCAAUUUAGUUGGGCUUGAUGGAACAGUCAUUCAUAUUCUUCCACCACCUCCAAUCCAAAGUAAUCACUGGUUCACAGAGGCCAAACCAGAGGAUCCCACCCAGAAGCCAACUAUCAUCUUCACCUACAAACCAGAGAGUGGCAGCACCCCUGGUGAUGGAGAAGGAGAGCUGCGAGUACAGGAGUGCAGAGAAACUGCUCUGCUGACACCUGAUGGAAGCAAGGAACCCAGACCUUUGAGCCCAGGGCCAGCACCAUCCUCACACACAACUAGAGGCAAUCUCACCAGGAAGGACUUCAGCCAGGUACCAGUCAGUGGCAGCGGCCCCAGAGAUCGGGAACUGCCCGAUGUCACCUCCCUCCCUGCCAAAGUUAAUCUGGGGCUGGUGCUUGGGGAGAGUGAGGAUGGCCAUGGCAACCAGCUUGCUGUACCAACUUCAGCAAGUGAGGGCAGCGCCAGCCUUGGAGAACCAGAGGAUGAUGGGAAUCACUCCCAUCCCUCCCACUCUCGUUCUUCCAGCCAGUGCAGUGCCACAUACAGCAAUCUGGGUCUGUCCAGAGCCAACAUGAUCCCACUGAAACAACCACGACACAUGAAAGCAUCUAAUGACACCUUGGCCUCCAUCGACCUGGACGGGCUUUCUGACCAGCCAGCUCCUAAGGCUACACCACCACCACUGCCCAAGAAGGCUGUACCUCGCUCCAGCACUGAACCCAGCCUGGGAGGCAAAGAGCCAAUCCAGGGAGCCCUUAAACCUCGGGCCGAGGCUAAGCCUGGGGGCACCAACCUGAGUGUGGCCAACCCUCUCUAUGACUUGGACUCCACGUGGGAGACAGUUAGUCAGUGCUCCUCUCUCAGCUCUGAGCCUCAUCGAGCCCACGAUCAUGAGAGCGGUGACUCCCUGGAGAGGCCAUCAGCUGUCACAGUCACCAACAAGAGCCACACAACUAACAACCCAUCCUCACCGGUGCCCCAAACUGCAUCUGCUGCACCCAGUACCACCACUGGCAGAGAGAGGAGGGCCUGCCCGAGUACAGAGUCUGUGGCCACAAGGGGUCGGACAACAGGUCGAGGUACUGCCACUGGAGGAGCCUGCUUCAAACCCCAGAGAGCUGCUUUUUACAGGGGUUUGGACAGCUGGGAUGAGGUGGUGGGGAGGAUCCGGGGCCUCCACACAGAAACGCUGCGGAAACUGGCAGCAAAGUGUGAGGACCGUUUCAUGGCUGGCCAGAAGGAUCACUUGAGAUUCGGCACUGACAGCUGGUCCCACUUCAGGCUGAUCACUGGGAAACCCUGCUGUGAGGCUGGGGAUGCUGUUUACUACACUGCCUCCUACGCCAAGGACCCACUGGUCAACUAUGCCAUUAAGAUCUGUCGGAGCAAAGUGAAGGAGACCCAGCAGCAGUUUUUCCACAGCCUCGCAGUGAGACAGAACCUGCCUGUGCACUUCAACAUCCAACAGGACUGUGGACACUUCCUGGCUGACGUCCCCACCCGUCUCCUGCCCUGGGAAGAAGAAGAUGAGGAAGAAGAGGAUGAGGAAGAAAAGGCUAAUGAGCUAAAAGAGAAAGAGAUUAAGACUGAAAACAAGGCGACAGACUCCAAUGCCCCUAACGGUAAAGUAGAUGAAACCCCAACAGCAGGUCACAUGAACGCUGCUGGUCACUUGAAGAGCCGAGUGGUAGUCAUCACCCGGGAGGUCCCCUUCCAGACAGUGGCCGAUUUUGUUCGAGAAGGUGUGGCCCGACACGCUCAUAACCCAGAGCUGUAUGAGCGCCAGGUCUGUCUGCUGCUGCUGCAGCUGUGCUCCGGCCUGGAGCACAUGAAACCUUAUCACGUGACCCACUGUGAUCUGCGACUGGAGAACCUGCUCCUGGUUCACUGCCAGCCUGGCAACCCCUGGAAUCUGGACUUACUCGAGCCCAACAACAACAGCAACAGCAGCAGCUCUGGUGCGACCUCUGCCGGUGCUGCUGCUUCUGCUGCCAGUGCCACCUGCCCCGCCCGCCUUAUCAUCAGUAACUUUUCCCAAGCAAAGCAGAAGAGCACUCUCAUGGUGGCUGACCCUGGUUCGCUGCGCGACCAGUCACGCCUGGCACCUGAAAUUAUCACAGCUACUCAAUACCGCAAGUGUGACGAGUUUCAAACAGGUAUUCUCAUCUAUGAGAUGCUGCACCUAUCCAACCCCUUUGAGGAGACGCCGGAGCUGAAGGAGAGGGAGUACACCUGGGCAGACCUGCCGCCACUGCCUGUCAGGUCGCUCUAUUCACAGGGUCUGCAGCAGCUGGCCAGGUUACUGCUCACAGUCAACCCCUCUGAAAGGAUCCGGAUGUCCGAGGCCCGGGCCUGCCUGCAGUGCCUCCUCUGGGGCCCUCGGGAGGACUUGUUCCAGGCGCUGGGCUGCAGCAGCACAGGCCCCAUUACAGGGACUUCUGCCAACCAGCGCGAGGCCACCCUCAAGAACUGGCUGGACCUGAAACGAACACUGAUGAUGAUCAAGUUUGCAGAGCGCUCGCUGGACAGAGCAUGUGGUGUAAGCCUGGAGGACUGGCUGUGCUGCCAGUAUCUGGCAUUUGCCACCACAGACACCCUGAGCCGGGUGGUGCAAAUCCUGCAGCAGUUUCAGUCUCAUCCUCAGUCCCAGAAUCAGAGCCAGCCAGUACAUACAGCACAGAACCAAACCCAAACACAUCUAGUUCACACCCUCCACCUGACUCAGUCACAGCCGCUCUGAAUUUCACUUCUCAACUGUUACUAUGGCAACAGCUCCAACUUGCCCUGUGUGGUCCCUGUACGGACGCUAAAGUGCGAUGUAAGCUAAUAGUCAGCACUGUUGUUUGCAGCAGCCACAAGGCUGCGUUCUCAUCACCGGCUAGGCUUCAGAUUAAAGAGAGCAUGAUGGUCAGAAGUCCUGCAGAUCCGCCUUCUUCUGUUCCUUUAGCUUUUCACCUCUCUUAUAACACUUCACCUGUUCUAGAUCAGAGAUUUGCCAAAUGUGUGAGGGGUUUUAACUUUUUCAUUAUUCUUCAGCCAAAUUCUGGAAGAUUACAGAGCUAAAUAUUAAAUAUCGUUUCCAUGCCAGCUGUCUCCUUGAGCCAGUGUGAAAUGGAAUACGUUUGAGGUUUUAUAGUAUGAAUGAAUAUUUUACAGAGAAGUUUCAUUAGACCUCUGAAGACAGACUACUUUUUAGAAAGGAAGCUUGAAAUCACAUCAGAAAUUAGCAUUUUUGCCCAAAUGGUUUAAUUCACACUGUUGUAUUUUAAGCAACAGUUCAGUCUUCAACAGUCACAGAUUUAAAACAUGUAAAGAACCAAUGCCAAUGAAGGGAGACCUUUUUAAACGAAGAGAGUGGUGAAAUAUAGAAAGGUCAAAAUGAACUGCUUGACCAAAAUCAAACCUAAUAAGGGUGGGGUUUUCUAAUUAUUUUUUUAACCUAGACUGACAUAAUAGUGAAAUGUUUUACCACUGAGGCCAAAGAUCUGCCACAAAUUGUGCAUUUAGAGUUUAAAGAUGCUUUAAAUAUAAAGUCAAACAUAAUUUUACAGUAACUAGAUUUCUUAUUGGUUAGUCCCAGUGUUGGCGCAGCUCAGUUCAAAUCAGUUAAAUGUCAUUGGUUAUGGUUUAGGCUAGACCUAGGGUUGAAUCUAAGUGACAGCGCCGUUGUAUCAUAUCUUACUAUACAUUUCUUAACAGGGCUUUGAACGAGGUAGGAGAUGAACACUAAGCAAAUAUUGUAGUUCUCAUAGCACAGUAAACAAGUUUUAGCCGCUUUGAAGUUUAAAUGGGACACACCCGGCCUGGAUGUUUGCUGGGUUUCUUGUCCGAGUAUGUGCAAUCAUUAUCUUUCUUUUGAGCGUUUUUGCCCAGCUUUGUACUAAUCCUUUCUUCAGUUAGUUUUGUGGCACAUAAAGUGACUGAUUUUAAACUGUUAGAAACAAAGUGAAGUUCACUGUAAAGAGCUUCUUCCGGUGGAACAGAGACGGAUGUUUCAGGGACUGCAAAAAGUUCUUCUUUGUUUACUGUGUUGUUUUUUGUCAAGUUGUUUUUGAACGGUUCUGCGUUACAGAUGAUAUUUGCACAUACAGUGUGAAUGUUGGCGCUGCUCAACAGAGACUGAGAACAUGAUGAUGAUGAUGAUGAUCUUGGAGAGAUUGAGAAAUGGUCCUGUGAAUUUGAGGAACUAGAUUUGAUUUGUUUUGUGGAAUGUAAACGUUUUGCCUGGACUGAAACAGACAUGUGGAUCUGGUCUCUUCUGUUCACACUCACCUUGCAACUGAACCACUUUGUUUCACAUAAACUCUAUAUGAACAAAACAACCACAGCCUUGAAGAGAAACUGCUCAACCACUGAGCCUUCCAUUCCUCCUCCCUUGUUUCCCAACCUUAUGUAGUUUUCCUGCAGCAUAUCCUGUGCUGAUGCUUCCCGCUUGUCACUCAACAGGUUUAUUCUGCUUUAAUUAAAUCAGCUCUGUGUUACUGAUCAGUACCCAUCAGCCUGGAGUCAGUGGGAGCAAAACAUGUACACAAGCCUCUGUGACCCCAUAUGAGUUUUAUGCACAAGGGUUUUUUUUGUGUGUGUGGUUAUGAUGAACAAAACACCCUAAAACCAUCUUUAUCUAACUGUACUUGGUGUAAAUUAGUGCAGAAUGUUCCCUUGAUGUGCAUCUCUGGGCGCGAUGUUUUUAAACUGACUCUGCUUUGCAUCAAAAGUUUACUUCGUUUGUUAAGUUUUUCUUUUCCUAUCAGAAAACUGCAGCAGUUCAACUUGUCACCGGGGGGAAAUGUACUUUUGGGAUCAGAAUCCUGUGUUCCUUUUGUUGCAGAUGUACAGUAUGAGACUUGAUGGUCCAUGGAGUGAAAAUGAGACAAAGCAGGUGUGAGUUUGUCGUUGCAUCAAAGGGGCUGUGUACUGAGGAAUGAGUGCAGACAGCACUGGUGGCUGUUCUUGUAUCUAGAGAUCCAAGCCUUUAUAUAGUAUUAAAUAUAUAUAACUUUAUCUAUUUUAAUCCACACACUAUUUUGUCAAAUACAGAGCACCUCUGGUUCUAUGUCUUUAGAGUGUUGAAAUAUCAUUAAAUUCAUUUUUAAUCCUUUAAUUGACGUUAUUUAUCCUUGCUUGAUUUGGAGGAAGAAAAAGCAGAGUAGUUAUCACUGUCCUAAACAAAGGAUAAAUAAAAUGACUGAUAUUCUUCAACUGCAUUAAUAUACAGAACAAUGUACAGUAUUUUUACCCCUCUUGUAAAAAUGUACCUGCUUAGGAGACGAACCACUUUGAACAGGGGCUGCAGGAUGCCUUUUUUAAAUCUCACCAUUCUUCACCUGUAUGGCCGAUAGUGAAUAUUUUUCCUCUCUCUCUUUCUUUGAAUUAUUUGCCACUGAACAGAAAAGCAGAAGCUCGAAGGCUUCUAUUAAUAUGUGUACAGUAUGUCCCCUGGCUCGUUGCCAUUCAUUGUUGAUCGCAUUAUC